AUGGCAUCGACGAACAACCCAAUGGGCUCGGCGACCCCGCCCCCGGACGUCUCGAAGACGACGCUCCCUAUGGCGGGUCUUCUCUGCGAUGUUUACGGCCUCGAGGAGCUCGUCGGGCGGCGGGCGUCGGUUGUCUCAUGCCUAUGGCUGCACCACCCGCGCCUGCGCGCCAAGGAGGACAUGGCGGAUUUUGCGAGCCGGGUCAUCUCGCGGUGGGGGGAAACGUCGUCCACGGCUGGGUCUGGAUCCGGGAAUGGGGCAGGCGGUGGCAGAGCACUCAUCGCCGUGGCCUUUGACCAGCAGAACCACGGCACCAGGACCGUGUCCCCGACAGCGAGCGACUCGUGGCGCGAGGGCAACGCGACGCAUGCUCUCGACAUGUGGGGUAUGGUAUCGGGGAUGGCGAGCGAUACCACGGCGCUGCUUGAUGUCGUCGAAGGGUAUUUGAAGCUGGAGCUCGCGCAACGAGGCGCUGUCGCCGAGUGGAAGAUCGAUCAGAAUCUCGUGCUGGGCGUGAGCCUGGGCGGCCACAGUGCGUGGCAGACGAUGUUCAGGGAGGAGAGGGUCUCGGCCGGGGUUGUGAUUAUCGGGUGUCCUGACUACAUGGCCCUCUUGUCGGACCGUGCGAAGAAGUCCAAGCUGGCAACCUUCUCCGCGGCAGACGAUGGCGCCUCGUUCCUCGGCAGCAGGGACUUCCCGCCGGACCUGGUGGCAUCGUGUCUCCGGCACGACCCCAAGGGCAUACUUUUCGGCACCGGCGCCGUUCCUGCAACCGCGGAGAGCCUCUCGGAAGACGAGAGGAAGCGUCUCCGCGGCGUCCUGGACGGUCUCCGUCUCGGCAACAAGAAGUUUCUCGUGUGCUCCGGUGCCGACGACAAGUUGGUGCCGUACAAGAUGUCGGAGCCGUUUGUUGAGUUUUUCGCCGGGGCUCUGGGGACAUGGUAUGCCGACGAGGGUGUGGCGCUUGAGAACAAGGUAUACGAGGGCGUCGGGCAUGCGUUUAGCCAGGGGAUGGUGGAGGAUUCGUUGAGGUUUUUGAUUGAUGCUGUUGCUGAAAAGGACGGCGGUCACGGAGGUGAAGAGAGAAAGGCCAAGAUUUGA